AUGGCAGCCCCCACAAGUAUCACGCCCACUCUAGCAUGCCACAUAUCCGCAGAGGAAAGGAUAGCAAACGUCGUUCAUAAAGACGCCGAACAUAGUGAAGCACCCGCGGAAAAGGCGGCCAGAGGGGUGGGAUAUGAUGUCCCAGAACUACUGGGAAAAGCUAAGAUAAGGAGGAGGAAAGACAAUGCAAUUGGCAUUAAUAAGCAAAGAGUAGCUACCGACACAGAAAAAUAG